UAGAGGAGGAGGAGGUUAGCCGAGGCAGCUACAGCGGCGGCGGCGCAGGGGCUGGUACGCGCUGGGCGGCGAGAGCCUCAUGGCGGAGGAAGAGAGCGACCAAGAGGCCGAGCGCCUCGGAGAAGAGCUCGUGGCCAUUGUGGAGUCCCCGCCGGGCCCUGCAGGGCUUAGAGCUUCGUGCGAUGGCAGAGGCGACGCUGGCCGUGGCAGCUGCGGUGGCGGAGUCGGGAUCAGCAGUCGGGACUACUGCCGACGCUUCUGUCAGGUAGUUGAAGAUUAUGCUGGAAGAUGGCAGGUUCCUUUGCCGCAGCUUCAAGUUCUUCAGACUGCACUUUGUUGUUUUACAUCAGCCAGUGUGUCAUUUCCAGAUGAAUGUGAGCACGUUCAAUAUGUUUUGAGUAGUCUUGCUGUGAGUUUCUUCGAGUUGCUGCUGUUCUUUGGAAGAGAUGAGUUUUAUGAAGAACCCUUAAAGGAUAUUCUUGGAUCAUUCCAGGAAUGCCAGAAUCACCUCCGCAGAUAUGGAAAUGUGAAUCUGGAACUGGUGACUCGAAUCAUUAGAGAUGGUGGCCCAUGGGAAGAUCCAGUGUUGCAAGCUGUUCUUAAAGCCCAGCCAGCACCUCAGGAAAUAGUAAACAAGUACUUAAGUUCUGAAAAUCCACUGUUCUUUGAGCUACGAGCAAGAUACCUAAUUGCUUGUGAACGCAUACCUGAAGCAAUGGCUCUUAUUAAAUCAUGUAUAAAUCACCCCGAAAUCAGUAAAGACUUAUACUUCCACCAAGCACUCUUCACAUGUCUGUUUAUGUCACCUGUAGAAGAUCAGCUUUUCCGGGAGCAUUUACUGAAAACUGAUUGUAAGAGUGGAAUUGAUAUCAUCUGUAACACUGAAAAAGAAGGAAAGACUAUGUUAGCCUUGCAACUCUGUGAAUCCUUUCUUAUUCCACAGCUCCAGAAUGGGGAUAUGUACUAUAUAUGGGAGUUGAUUUUCAUAUGGAGUAAACUACAGCUAAAAUCUAAUCCUUCAAAACAAGUUUUUGUAGAUCAAUGCUACCAGCUUUUAAGAACAGCAACUAAUGUGAGAGUCAUAUUUCCUUUCAUGAAAAUCAUUAAAGAUGAGGUUGAAGAAGAGGGCUUGCAAAUUUGUGUCGAAAUAUGUGGUUGUGCUCUACAACUUGACCUUCAUGAUGAUCCUAAAACUAAGUGUCUAAUUUAUAAAACAAUUGCACAUUUUUUGCCAAAUGAUUUGGAGAUCCUCAGGAUUUGUGCACUCUCAAUAUUUUUUCUUGAGCGUUCCUUAGAAGCUUAUCAUACUGUUGAAGAGCUUUACAAACGACCAGAUGAAGAAUAUAAUGAAGGCACAAGUAGUGUUCAAAAUCGUGUUCGUUUUGAAUUACUUCCAAUUUUGAAAAAGGGAUUAUUUUUUGAUCCUGAAUUUUGGAACUUUGUAAUGAUUAAGAAAAAUUGUGUGGCAUUACUGAGUGAUAAGUCAGCAGUAAGAUUUCUAAGUGAAAGUACACUGGAAAAUUCCACAGGUAUUCUAAAAAAGACAGAACAGCAAGUUUUGGAUGAAGGGCUUGACUCUCUUACAGAUCAGAGCACUGGAGAGACUGAUCCUGAUGAUACAUCUGGGAUGCAACCUAAAGGUCAUGUUAAUACCAAGAAAAACCUUACAGCUCUUAAUACCUCCAAAGUAGAUCACAAUGUCCCAAGGCAUCGGUGUAUGUUAUGUAACAAGGAAUUUCUUGGUGGUCACAUUGUAAGGCACGCCCAGGCUCAUCAGAAAAAAGGCAGUUUUUCAUGUGUAAUAUGUGGUAGGAAAUUUAGAAACAGAGGACUUAUGCAAAAACAUUUAAAGAAUCAUGUUAAGAAGAUACAGAGACAGCAAAUUGCUUCAGUGCAACAGGAUGAUCAGGAAAUCACAGCUUUGGAAGAAAUAAAUUGUUCCAGUUCUUCCAUUUCAUUUGAAAAUGGAAAUUCUGAUAAGGAUUUGGAAGUAGACACUUUGACUGCUUCCAGUGACAGAGACAAAGAAGUCAUCCCUGAGCACGUGGCAGAAUUCAUUGAAAUUCCCAUAGGUGUAUCAGAACAUGUUAUUGAAAACAUUAUUGAAAAUGGCAGUUCUGAUACUUCUUUAAAUAACAUCUCAGAGCCUUUACCUCAAUGUGAGAAUGACUAUGAAGAGGAAGAAAAUGAAGUUGAUUAUGAAGAAGAUGAUUAUGACCUGAAUCAAGAAACCUCAGUACUUCAUAAAAUCAAUGGAACUGUAAGCCAUCCGAAAGACGUAUAUGCUACAGACCAAGAAGGAAACUUUAAGUGUCCUGCUCUUGGCUGUGUCAGAAUAUUUAAAAGAAUUGGAUUUCUAAAUACACAUGCAAGGACUGUACAUCCAACUGAUUUAAAUGUGCGACAAACAGUAAUGAAGUGGAGCAAAGGAAAAUGUAAAUUUUGUCAAAGGCAAUUUGAAGAUUCUCAGCAUUUCAUAGAUCACCUUAACAGACACAGCUAUCCAAAUGUGUACUUUUGUUUGCAUUUUAAUUGCAACGAGUCCUUUAAGCUGCCAUUCCAGCUUGCUCAGCACACAAAAAGUCACAGAAUCUUUCAAGCUCAGUGUAGUUUUCCAGAAUGCCAUGAGCUUUUUGAAGAUCUUCCUCUGCUAUAUGAACAUGAAGCUCAGCACUAUUUAAGUAAGACACCAGAGUCCUCUGUACACCCAAGUGAAGCAAUUCUUUUGGAUGUUUGUACAGACUCAAAUCCUACUCAUCAGGAAAAAAACUCAUCUAGUAAUGAUAAACAAACUAUUAGUCUGCCAGUUUCUAUUAGCAAAUCUAGGAAAGAUUUUACAGAACCAAAGACAUGUAUGGAAAGUAUGGAAAAGAAAACAGACAGUUUAGUUCAGAAUGGAAAUGAACAUUCUGAUGACGCUGUUUCAAAUAUAAGCUUGACAGACCAAAAGAUGCCUGACAUAGAGCCAAAUUCUGAAAAUAGUCAUAGCAUUAGUGAUUUAGUCAAUGGACACAGAGAAAUAGAGCAAACAUCUUUAGUUUCAUCAGAUCCUGGUUUGAAAACUGAUACAAGCAGAAUCAGGACAGAAAAUGGUUCUGCUUUACCCAGUGUCGUACCACAAGAACACAAUGCUCUGCCAGUAUCUCAGGCACCAUCCAAACCAAAUGUUACAAGUGAACAUACUUCAUAUGGCUUAAUUUUAACAAAGCCGUAUGUCAGACCAUUGCCUCCCAGUUACCUUGAUGAACGGUACCUUAGUAUGCCAAAACGCAGAAAAUUUCUGACUGAUAGAGUAGAUGCCUGCUCUGAUCAAGAAAACCUUUAUAAAAAAUCAGUGAAAAGAUUAAGAUGUGGCAAAUGCCUGACCACCUACUGUAAUGCAGAAGCACUUGAGGCUCACCUUGCACAAAAGAAAUGUCAGACACUCUUUGGAUUUGAUUCAGAUGAUGAAAGUAAGUCUUCUAUGUUCUCAGUAGAUAUAUCUGUAGAAAUACAAAUGGAAAAUAUAGCUAUAAUAGAUCUUCAUGAGACUAAAAAAAUUAAUAUCUGUAUACAAUAGAUGGUAAAGCACUACCCCACACAUUAUUUCCUUUAAAGUAUAAUUGCUAUAAGGUGUUCCUGCUUUAUAAACAACUGAAAUUCACAAGUUAAGUAAUUUGCAUAGACAUAGGCCUUAUCAGCUUGUGGAAGCCAGAACUUAAACACAGGUUUUUCAUAUUCUUUGGUCCUACUCUUUCUUCAUUCCAAAUUUCAUGUAGUAAAAAUUAUAUUAACAAAGUUAGGCAACAUUUUUCAUCUGCAUGGCAGAAUGAAACUGAGUCUUGUUACAAAAAUAGAAGUAAAAAAAAGAAUAAGAAAAUAACUGAAAAACAAAAGGAGCAAAAGAAGAGCCUGCCUUUCUACUAAUAUCAUAUCCUAACUUUAAGUGAAGGUAUAAAUUAAGCAGGAAUCUGACUCAGAAUUCCAGUUGAACAUGUAUAAUACUUGAAUUAACAGACACGUUCUGUUUUACAGGUGCCUGAUAAAAACGUUUCAGAAAGAUCUGUCGAUCAAGCAGUAGUGUGAAAAAAGCACUACGAGAAAAUGCAUCAUCAGUUUGCUAUUUCCCUGAUGGCCUUAAUUUUAGAGUGGUCUCAGAUUUCUAAAAAUAAAGCACAUUUUCUGGAAUGAACUCAGAGGAGAUGUGCUGGCUUAGACUCCAGAUGGGUUAUUAUUAAACUCCCAAAGUACCAGUUAUCCAGAAAAACCACAUUUUAUAAAAGCUUAUGGUGAUUAAUAGCAGCAUGUUCAGUUUUGCUUAUGUGAAAACAUGUUCAGGCAACUAGUCAGAAAAACCAGCUAUGGCCUUAUGGAAGGAGAAAAAGUGGAAGGGGAGCGGCUCACAAUAAUAAACAAUGUAAAGCAUUCUGCAAAUGGGAUCUGUUUACUUGUCAUGCAUAAUCACAUUACAUCUUCCCUUUUGGUCAAACUUGUUUUAAGGUAUCAUUGCUGUUUGGUUUGUACAUAAUUUAGAAACUGAUACAUAGCUUGAUUAUCACCAUGCUAUGUUAAAGAUUGUAACUUGUUUCCAAAUGAUUACUUUGACAGGUUCGGUGAGAGGCAUGCCAGCAUUGAAAAUUUAAAAAAACAAAACAAAAAAAACCAGUGCUUUGCCAAUAAACUCUUGAUAAAACCUUCAACUUUCCACUUUUGUAAUGCAAAUUAAUUAUAUUUGAAAGGCUACAGAGUAGAAAUUAAAGAGAAAAGUACCAUCAGCAACUUUGGGGGAGAUAUGGGAGGAAUGUAAGACCAUUACUGGCUAUACAGUUGAAGGAAAACACUGAAUUGCAAAUUCUUCAAUGUGAAUAAUGGUAAAAACACACUGGGAUAUUUCUAUCUGUAUAUAGUGUUAGGACAUUGCUUGAUGAUUCAUAAUAAGGUCCUUUAGACAUUAGUGUGAGUUAUCUAAGUAAAAUCCUAUGGAAAUAAUUGGCUUAAAAAUAUGUGGGCUAAGAAUCACGUGGAGAAUUCAUUUUAUUCAGCUAAGAGAGUUAAUUCCAAAGUAAGCCAUACUAAUAUAUUUUAUUCAUUAGUGAUGAAUUUGGUCUGAAUAGUAAUUUUUUUAUAUAUGGAAGUAUUUAUGCCAAAAUUUGCACAGCAGGAACACAGUAAGAGAUAUAUAAAUACAUUAUUUCCCUUGGUAACCAGUACUUUUCCUAAGGAAGAUUUUAACUUAAUAAAUUAUUAAAACAAUAAGUGUUUUACAAAUGUUUUUUAAAAUACCUUAUGUUUCCCAUUUGUCCAUUAUUAAAAGGAUGCCUAAGAUCUUUUAUCUACUUUGUAUAAAGCAGAAAUAGAAAAAUGUAAAGGCAAAUUCUUUAAAAAACAGUCAAAUAUGCCAGUGUCAACCAAAUAUUCCAGUUGUUCCAAUUGGUGAGGUUUUAUUCAAAGCAGAUAAUCUCAUAAAUUAUAAUAAUAUACUCAACUAUUAUAAAUUUUAGAACUUUUUGAAUGAAAUUACUAGGGAAAUGGGAGAGUUCUUCCAGGGUGGCAUCCAACUUUACCAAGUUAUGACUUCUAGGUCAUGUUAUAUCAGAUAUCUCAAUUUUAUUAUUUAUCAUGGGCAUUCACUACUAUGCAAUG